AUGGCUUCUACAACUCGCGAACAACCACCGUGGAUCCCCCCGCAGCGGCGUCCAAACGUCCAGCUUCCCCCGCUGAAGAUCUACAACAGCUUGACGCGCAGAAAGGAUGACUACGUUCCGAUUGACCCCGAGGGAAAAGCCACGACAUGGUACACCUGCGGUCCGACAGUCUACGACGACGCCCACAUGGGCCACGCCCGGAACUAUGUGUCUACGGAUAUUCUGCGCCGAAUCCUGAAGGACUACUUCGGGUACCAGGUGAAAUAUGUCAUGAACAUCACGGAUAUUGACGACAAAAUCAUCCUUCGUGGUCGCCAGCAGUACCUGCUGGAGCAGUUCAAACAAAAACAGUCGGGAUCCCUGGACGGCCCGGUUCCUGAGCCAGUUCUUGCGGAAACGAAGGCGGCCGUGGAAUUCUACAUCAAAAAGAACCUGCCCCUCUUGUCCGCGGAUGUCACGCCAGAAACCUACGCGGCCGAGUCGGACAAGGCGUAUAAGAGGAUAUUCGAGGGCAAGGCAUUGGAGGGUGACGCGCCUCCAGGGGACACGGAAGCCAAGCUUAAGGUUCAUCUGCGAACUGUUGCGUCCGCUGCGGAAGCCCUACAGGCCCCCGGAAAGUUGUCUGAGUUUUAUGGCAAAACGGAGGAUGUUCUGCUGCCGUACCUCGAUUCUCUACACGGCUCCAGUAUCGACUCCAACGACCACAGCAUCUUCACGAGGCUUACCGAGAAAUUCGAAAAGCGGUUCUUUGAGGAUAUGAACUCGCUGAAUGUUCUGUAUCCUGAUGUUCUGACGCGUGUUACGGAAUAUGUUCCGCAGGUCGUUAGCUUCAUUGAAAAGGUUAUUGCCAGCGGCUUUGCCUACGCGACUCCCGAUGGUUCUGUUUACUUUGACAUUGAGGCGUUCGAGAAGGCCGGGCAUAACUAUGCUCGCCUGGAACCGUGGAACCGGAACGAUAAGAGCCUGCUGGCGGAUGGCGAAGGAUCGUUAACUAACAAAACCACCGUCAAGCGGAGCGAAAGCGACUUUGCACUGUGGAAAGCCAGUAAGCCCGGCGAGCCUUCGUGGCCCAGUCCAUGGGCUCCUGGUCGCCCGGGUUGGCACAUUGAGUGCUCCGUCAUGGCGUCCGACGUGCUUGGAAAGGCGAUCGAUAUCCACUCUGGAGGAGCGGACCUUCGAUUCCCCCACCACGACAACGAGCUGGCUCAGUCCGAGGCAUACUGGUCCACGGGCCCCCGCGUACAGUGGGUAAACUACUUCAUCCACACGGGUCAUCUCAGCAUCCAGGGCAUGAAAAUGAGCAAGAGUCUUAAGAACUUCACCACGAUACGGGCUGCUCUGUCCCAGGGUCAGUGGACUUCGCGCUCUCUUCGCAUUUGCUUCCUCCUCGGCCCGUGGGAAGCCGGUGUCGAAGUCACUGAAGAUUUACUGAAGACGACGACGUCCUGGGAAGGAAAGCUGAACAACUUCUUCCUAAAGAGCAAGGAAAUCGCGAGAAACCAAGCAACCGGCAACUCGUCUUCUGCCACAAACACGGAGGGGGACAAGCAAUUGCUUGCUGCCCUCGAAAAGGCCAAAUCGGAUCUUCACGCCGCUUUGUGCGACUCAUUCUACACACCGGGCGCUAUGCGGGCCAUUUCUGAGCUCGUCUCAGAAUUUAACAUUGCUAAAGACGUUUCUGACGCGACCGUGUUGGAACUGGCUCGCUGGGUGACGCGGAUGGUGACGAUCUUCGGUCUCGACGCGGAGGGCGACCUCAACGACCCUAGCCGAGUCGGCUGGUCCGGCCUUGACCUCCCUGCUUCCGCCCAAGCAUACAUCUACCCCGUGUCCAACCUUCGGGACCAGAUUCGCCAGAUGGCUCGUGGAGGGUCUGUCGACUACGCUGCGAUUUCCCAGCUCGCGGACACUAGUGUUCCGACAUCACCUCCCGCCACCGUCGAUGCAACCUCCCCUGACCCCUACCAGAAGGUGUCCGAGCAAUUCCGACAGGACGUGAAAGAGCUCGCUUCCAAGAACGCGGCCUCCAAGGAUCUCUUGGCGCUCUGCGAUCAGCUGCGUGAUACGCAUCUCUGGAACUUGGGUAUCUACAUUGAAGAUCGCGAUGCUCCGACUCCUGCGCUUGUUCGCCCUGUCGAUCGCUCUCUUCAGGAAGCUCGUGCAGAGAAGGAACAGGCUGCGUCGGCAAAGCUGGAAGCCAAGCGCAAGCGGGAAGCCGAGCAGGCCGAGAAACAGCGGCUACUGAAUGAGAAGGCCAAGCUCAGUCACUUGGAGAUGUUCAAGACUCCGGAAUACUCUGCUUGGGAUGAGAAUGGUGUUCCCCUGAAAGACAAAGAUGGGGAGGAGGUUGCGAAGAACAAAAGGAAGAAGCUGGUGAAGGAAUGGGAAAGACAGAAAAAGAUCCACGAGGAGUGGCUGAAGUCGCAGUCUGCAUGA